AACACUAUUGCAGAUCCACUACUUCCCUGUUAAACAACAUUUCAGGAGUGCUCUUACAAUUGAUACCAUUCAUUUUUGGAAUAUUUUAGUUUUGGUAUUGAUGGAAUUUGACCGAUUCUUACCUAUGGAAGACAGGAGCAAGUACCUAAUCAAUUAGCCAUUGAAAUCACUGACCAUUACACAAGCCAUGGUGUAUUGCGUCCAUAUACACCUAGCAUUGUAGUUAAGAUCGCAUACUGUGUGUCGCUGAUGCCUGACCCCCAGGGCUUGUGCACGUGCACCCUACAGGUGUGCCUCAUCCUGCUACUAAGACAUAUCAUACCAGCCGUCUGCCAAUGUAGUGGAAGUACUUUAGCUCUGACUGGUACCAACGACUUUCAGUACCUUACGACACCGGGGUAUAACGAUGGCGCCGGUACUUAUCAAAGUGACCUGUCUUGUUCUUGGAUUCUUGAUGGCGGGUCGUCGAGUUGGACAAUCUUCUUAUACAUAGAAAACUAUGACGUGACGUGCCCAGGAGAUUCCAUAGAUAUAUAUGAUGGCAACCUGACAUCCUCCACGGCGUUGGCAACAGCUCUAUGUGGCACAAGUCAGUCAGGAGUCUAUAAGUCAUCACAGCGUUACGUCAGGGUAAAUUUUACGUCAGAUUCAUCCAACCAAGGCGCAGGAUUCAAACUCGCUUUUAUGAAAGCAGCAGACUUAUCCGGAAGUGGAUGUUCGGGUGAGCAGACCCUCGCCGCUACUUCUACCCCUCAGUACAUCACCUCCCCAAACUUCCCGGGGGAGUACACAGUGAACUCCAACUGUCGCUGGGUGGUUACGGCUCCAGAAGGAACAGUAUCCUUGGAUAUAAUCUUCAGUGACGUGGAAACAUCCACAAACUGUGCAUUUGAUUCUUUGGAGAUAUAUUCUGGUACUUACGUGUGUGAGAAAACAAAGAUCGUGUCCGUUUGUACGCCACAUCCUAAUGGAGUGACAGCCUCUUAUAUCAGCAAUGGAACAAGUUUCCUCGUCAAAUUUGCCGCGGACGCCUCCCUCAGCUUUCACGGCUUUGUCAUCAGGUUCAGUGAAAUAGCCGCCGUCAUAGAUACCACCCCGUCAUCAGCUGUCGUCUCAUCCAUUUCAUCUGAAGGUGACUUUUACCUUGGUCUUUACAUCGGGCUUGGGUCAGGUGCGGGAGGUGCCUUUCUUUUCGUCGGUGUUGUAACUUUAAUCCGCCAUUUUUGUACAUCACACAAAGGAGUUUCCCCUAGUGUGAAACACGUGGAGCCUCUUUCGAUAAGAUCAACGCCGUCCACCAGAAACAAUUCUAUAUGCGGGUCAUCAUCGUCUUCUGGAGACAGUUCAAGUCGUCAUAAAAGUUUUCUUUGCUCCACACCCAUUAGUCCAGGGUCCGGGUCACUAAUGUUGGACAUCCAAAGACGAAAAAGUAGCAAUCUCAACGGAUUUAUGCACCAAUGACACCAUCAAUGACAUCACCAAUGACACCAUCAGUGACAUCACCAAAGACACCAUCAGUGACAUCACCAAUGACACCAUCAGUGACAUCACCAAUGACACCAUCAAUGACAUCACCAAUGACACCAUCAAUGACAUCACCAAUGACACCAUAAGUGACAUCACCAAUGACACCAUCAAUGACAUCACCAAUGACACCAUCAAUGACAUCACCAAUGACACCAUCAAUGACAUCACCAAUGACAACAUCAAUGACAUCACCAAUGACACCAUCAAUGACAUCACCAAUGACACCAUAAGUGACAUCACC